GUCCAUCGGGAAUUGUGCAGAGUGUCUGCUCUUCUAAAUACACAAUCUCUGAUACGUCCUGACGUCGUUACGUUCAACGUCCCUCUCCAACCAUCCAAUCACAUCCCGCGGUUCAAGGUGAGUCGCGCAGUCGCGCAGAGUGCAUGUUGUUGACGCCGCUGCCGGUUUGAAAACAGUGGGUUAAAUCCCCCAGGUGUCGUUUUUCCGUCGCGUCUGGACGUUUUUACCGGAGAUGAACAGCGUCGGGGAGGCCUGUACCGAGCUGAAGCGGGAGUACGAUCAGUGCUUCAACCGCUGGUUCGCCGAGAAGUUCCUGAAAGGAGACCGGAGCGGGGACCCGUGCACGGAGACCUUCAGGAAGUACCAGCGGUGCGUUCAGAAGGCCAUCAAGGAGAAGGACAUCCCGAUCGACGGAGUGGAGUUCAUGGGCCCCAACAAGGACAAACCGGAGAGCUGAUGGAGAGGAGACCCGGACCGGUCAUCCGUACCGACACCGAUACUUCGCAGUGUCCACGAGGCCCAUUGAGCAUGCGCAGAAGUAGAGCUGAUGCAGGAUAACGAGGCUAAGCGCGGGCGCGCGCGCCUCUGUGUGCGUGUAUGUGUGUGUGUGUGUGUAUAUGAGACUGUGUGCUCGUGUUAAAGCUGCUGCUUGUGUUUUUGAGUUUAUUUAACGUGGGGGUGCGCGUGGCUGGACUGAACUCCUGAGGGGCUGGAGCUGAAACAGUUUGACAGUUAAUCGAUUAGUGAUCGACAGGAAAAUCAUUAACAGCUGUUGUGACGAUUGUUUAAUUUAUUUGAGAAGUUUUUCAAGCAAAAAUGCCAACGAAGUGCUUGAUCCUGCUCCUCCAACGUGGGGAUUUUGGGAGCUUCUCACUGUGGACUUAAUAUGUUACAGCUGUAGACAUGUCUGAAGAUGUCACUGGUCAGUCAUUCAAUAAUCAGUGAUCAAUAAUGACACGAAAAACAGAAAAUGAAUUGCUUCAGUCAGUUUUCAAGACCCACCCACCCACGACACCUGGGACUGAUUUCUCUAGUUCCUCCGGUGUGAAUUACUGACUUUGAAUUUGAAGACGUCACCUUGGACACUGGGACACUGGGGACCUGUGAUGGACAUUUUUCUUUACCAUCAGACAUUUAAACUGGAAAAGUAACUACAAGAUCAGCUGAUGGUGAAAAUAAUGAUUAUUUGUAGCCCUGUCCGUUGCAGCAGUUACUUUAAUGUUGAGCCCUUUUCUCCUAUGAUCAUGACUCUGUUCUGACAUUUUUCUUUAUUAAUCUGACUUUUUUUUUUUAAUAAAAUUUUCUUUUU